GGCUCAUCCGGCCCCUCAGGAAGCCCCCAUCCCUUUGAGAGGCCUCAGUCCACGCCUGCGAGAGCCUCAGCCCUUGCAAGGAUGGCACAGCAGCGGAGAGCCGCCAUCCAUGCAGGGGCCUCAGGCUGUCAGAGACCCUCCAUCCUGCCAGCAGCCUCUGCUAUCUCUGACAGCCUCCAUCCCCCGCAGAGGCGCAGGGAGACCUGUCAGCCGGCGGAAGGUGCAGAGCCCGUGGACAGGUCUCCCAGCUCCCUUGGACUCACGGGCGCAACCCUGACUGUUGACGUGGCCAGGGAAGGCCCAGAAGUCCAAAUGGGAGCCCAGCCCGAGCGAGGGGAGCCUUCUCAGGAGAAGCUGGCGGAGCAGCAAGCAUGCUGGAGCCGGCAGUUGCCGGCCCACAGCUGCCAGGACGCUGUGCCGGUUGUGGCAGCUGGCAACAGCCCAAGCCUGGAGGUGGAGAUGACCCUCGAGACACCAAGGGGGUUCCUCCAUCUGCAGGAAGCUGGCCCAAGAGAGCCCUCGACCACCACAAAGGGCUCUCGAAUAGCAGCUGCUCCUGGGACCCCCCUGUGCAAAGCCUCGGGCUGUAGCCCCGGCCGUCCUCAACAGCGGAGUGCAGCCCACAACACCGGGGACAGCGAUGGUGCCGCCCUGCUCCGCUGCUCAUCGGCUCCUGCAGCCACCUCUGGGUGCUGCCCUGCCCCAGCUGUGCCACUGGCCAGCCCGACGGCUGCCAGGCGGCAGCCACUGCCCGGCGCGCAGCAGGAAGCAGGGCAAAAGAAGCAGCUGCAGGAGCUGUACCAGCUGGGCCCGCAGCUGGGCAGCGGCGGCUUCGGCACCGUUUUCUCGGGCAUGCGCCUCUCCGACGGGAGCCCGGUGGCCAUCAAACGCGUGGCCCGGGAGAGCGUCCUGCAGUGGGACGAGCUGCCGGACGGCACCCGUGUUCCAAUGGAAAUCGUGCUGAUGGAGAAGGUGGGCUCUGGCUGCCACUACAUCAUCCAGCUCCUCGACUGGUUUGAGCUGCCUGACAGCUUCGUGCUGGUCAUGGAGCGUCCAGUGGCAUCACAGGAUCUCCUGCAGUUCCUGCUGGAGCAGGAGCUCCUGUGCGAGGAGAUGGCGCGCUGGCUUUUCUGCCAGGUGCUGGAGGCCGUGCGGCACUGCACCGCCUGCGGCGUCCUGCACCGUGACAUCAAGCCCGAGAACCUCCUCGUGGACCCGGAGAGUGGCGACCUGAAACUCAUUGAUUUCGGUUGCGGCACCUUCCUCCAAGAGCGACCCUUCACACGAUUUGCCGGAUGGUUUCUUGGCUUUGGCCAGUUGUCUGGGGGACGUGGGGUGGCCUGCGGGAGAAGUCCAGGUCGCCGGCACAGCCCCUGCCUCAGCCAGGAGGCUGGCACCAGGCUCUGCAAGGCAGCGGCUGCGCCUGGACAGCACCGCCUGUCUCCCCUAGGAACACACGUGUACAGCCCACCCGAGUGGAUCGCCUGUGGCUGCUACUACGGCCAUUCGGCAACCAUCUGGUCCCUGGGCGUGCUGCUGUACGUCAUGGUCUGCGGGAACCUCCCCUUCUGCAAGGACCAUGACAUCGUGUCGGGGCAGCUCUUCUUCGGGCACCAGGUCUCUCCAGGUUGGUAUCCAGCCUCAAGAAGGCAGGCUUCGGCAGAUGGCAGCACACAGCCUGGCCUAGCCCUAACGCAGCUCGGCGGGACGUCCAUGUGCCCUCAAGGGCUGGCCGCAGGAGGCAGCCCAUGCUGA